AUGGUCUAUCUUGACAUUUAUCAGACUGCCAUCUCACUAACAGACGCAAUGAACAACUCGACGGUUCUGCAAGGAAAAGUUGCGGAGAUCGCAUCACGUGUUCUAGACAAGAUUCCAGAUCACGUGAAGACACAGGUGGCCGAUCACGUGACUAAGCUGACGGACAUUGGCAAGUUUUACUACGACAACAGAAACGAUUACACCAGCACCGUGACUGAUCACGUGAUCUCAUACUACGACAAGGUCGCCACCUGUGCUGGGACCCACUAUGCUCAAUUGGGCAAUGCCGUCACCAUGUGGAUGCAUGAUCUGCCCUUUGACGAGCAGAUUCUGAUUUUCUCGUUUCUCAUGGUGGCUGCUGUCGCCGUGGUUUAUGCCGGAGCCAAGGCCGGUGUGUGUCGACCUUUUGGAUCACGUGACCCUGACGAGAAUUCGGAGCUUUUCCACAUCUGUGAUCUUCAGGAGACUCAGACUGAGUCUGUUGGAGAUUCCGAGGCUCUUUUCAUGCCUGUUUUCGGAGGUCUGUUCCUUUGCGGCUUGUAUUUUGCCAUCAAAUACCUGUCCAAGGAGACUGUACAGUGGUUCUUGACCCACUACAUGAGUUUUGCCGGCUCCAUGAGUGUCGGAUUGGUGGUUUCCAUGGGAUACAAGGGUCUCCUCAGAACCGUGUUCAACAGCAAUGUGGCUCAUUACAAGAUUGUUCUGUGUGACGAUCGGGCAUACCGAGGUGUUGGAAGCUUUUCUCGAUCCGAUAUCGAGCAGAUGGAAUGUGAUAAGGCCGAGAAGGCUGAUGGAGAAAAGAAAAACUCGAAAUCCAAAGCCAAGAAGAAGUCCAAGAAGGAUAAGACCGUAUCAAAAGGAAAGAGCAAUGCUGGUGGAGUUGGAAAGGCUGUUGAAAAGUCUGAUAGCGUUGUGGCUGUCGUUGAGAGUGCCAAAAACACGCCCACCAAGGGCAAUAAGAAGUCCAAGAAGGAUAAGAAGGGAGAGACUGGACUCAAUGGCUCUCAGCGAGCCGGCAAAAUGUCUGACAUUGAUGACAGCUUCAAAACAGAAUCCAAGAAAUCCAAGUUCAACCUUAUGGCCAAGUACUUUCCCAUCAUCACCACCGACGACCAGCUGUAUGCCAUCCAUUUCACUGUUGUUGACAUCCUGUGCUUCUUCCUGUCUAUUUUCUGUCUCCUCUCCAUGAUCAAGUACCCCGAGAUUGCCAAGAACUGGAUCAUCAACAAUCUGCUGGGUGUGUGCAUUGCCAUCACCGGUAUGUCCACUCUCAAGCUGUCUACCUUCAAGUCUGGUCUCAUCAUGCUUGCCGGACUCUUCUUCUACGACAUUUUCUUUGUCUUUGGCACUGAUAUUAUGCUCACGGUUGCCACCUCUAUUGACGGCCCCAUCAAGCUAGUGGUCCCCAAGAAUGAGUUUGGCAAGGGAGCUCUUCUUGGACUCGGUGACAUUGUCGUUCCUGGCGUCUACAUGAGCUUGUGUCUCCGAUACGACGUGUUUCGAUACUACAAGGACGGUAAGGAGCCUUUCCAUCUGGCUCGAAAGAUCAAUGCUCCCUACUUUGUGACGUCUUUGAUCUUCUACGUGAUUGCCCUGAUCACCACCAUGGUGGUUCUGUUUGUGUUUGAGCACGGACAGCCCGCACUUCUGUACAUUUGCCCUGCUCUGAUGAUUUCUACUUUCUUGGUGGGUGUUUACCAGGGGGAGCUGGGUGCUCUGUGGGCCUACGACGGAGAGAAUGAGCUGGAGGAAUAA